AUGCGCGUACCAUUCCCCCUACAAUUGCGCGUGGGCACAGAUAUCAUCGCAACGCACAGGAUCCUGUCCCCACUCCGACCUGAUAUCCGACGGGCAGUCAAACUCACCAAUCGUUUCUUACUACCGCAAGAGCUGAACGAGCUCAGCCGUCGCUUUCCAGCAUGGAACGAUGCACGUGCACAAGCCCGACCUCCGACACAACACAUUGCUGCUUGGAUAGCUGGCCGGUGGGCUGCCAAAGAAGCAGCUAAAAAGGCUUGGGGCGCCUCCCUACUCAGCUUUCGAGACUUGAGAGUUGAAGCAGACUCUGGUGGUGCUGUACACGUCGUCUGUGAUAUGAACACGAUCUCGCGCAACUUGGCAGACCACCCUGCCUCUUCCAACACGGUGACGGAGCAGGUUGCCCAACUGAGUAUCAGCCAUGAUGGAGACUACACUGUUGCGACAGUCCUCGCCACGCCACUACAUCCAGAUAUAUCGUCCGAGCUCGAGCAGCGGAAAAGUCGAGCAGAGGCAAAGGUUCGCGGU